GUCAAUGACAUAUUUGCAAUUUUGCACUUUUGCAUAUCAAAAUCAAAUGGUCUUAUACAUACAAUUUCUUUACAAAAAUUACGAUUUUAAUACUUAAUAUUCUCGUCUACUUAUCUAUUACUGUUUUAAUUGAAAAUGGUUAGGGAGAUUACUACUGAUGAAGUUAAAAAGCAUCACGACAGAAGGAGUGCUUGGAUCAUAAUACAUAAUGAUGUUUACGACGUAACAAGUUUCCUGGGUGAGCACCCUGGUGGUGAAGAAUCUUUGCUGGAAUUUGCUGGGAAAGACGGAACAAAAGGUUUUGAAGAUGUAGGACAUAGUCAAGAUGCGAGGGAAAUGUUAGUAAAGUACAAGAUUGGUUCCCUAGCUCCAUGUGAUAUUAUCAAAAAAGUCCAUUCAUGUACCAGUUGCUGUUUAACACCUAAAAGAAGUAUGGAUAGCCAGAAAUCCUGGAGAACAUUUGAUGGUCCACCUAGAAGGUUACAGUCACCCAAGGCUUCAGUACGUAGCAUUCCGUGCGGACCAACAGAGAGCGAAAGAAGGAUACAGAAGAUAGUUGUUCCACGGAACAGGAUAAGAAUUCAUCCGUGCGAAAGACGUCAGCCUCCACCGCCACCAUCGAGUUCCAAAUUGAAAUGGGCCGUCAUCGCCUUGGCUGGUGCUAUUGUCAUCGGUUUCGCGUUGAAGAAGUACUUAAGCUAAAAGCAUGGAUAUAGUCAAAGGAAAACCGGAUAAAACCGGUUUUAACCGGUUCUAGUUUCACGUACAAAGUAGUGCGAUAUUAAGUUUAAAAACGAGCAUUUAAUUGGUAUGUGAUGAAUAUUUUUGUCCGUUUUUUAUUCCGUUAUGUACAGUUUGCGGUAACGAACAAAAAACAUGUCAAAACGUUU